AAGAUUAUUUGAAGAUUUCCCACCAAACACCAGUGGCAUAUUCCUUGGUAUUGUCGUUAUCGAGAACUAGAUACACGCAAUGUGUUUUCAAUCCUAAACUGGCUUCCCCUAAGGCAGCCGCAAUGUUACGGGCAGCUUGCGAGUGUGUGGAGAAGGGGAAGUCUACGUGCUGACGGCUAGUACCUGUUUCAAAACUGCUACUUGAGACUUUAUGGACCAAGCAAACGGACUGCAAGACGCUGGUGCAGAAACAAGACGUGUCCUGUGACGACGUCUGUGUGAGAUAAAGGGAGUCGCAAAAAGCUUCCUUUGUAACCUCAGAUUUGCAUGAUUUUCUUUCCCCACCGAGGAGAGGAAGUGCCGCAGAAUAAAUGCAGACGUAGACAGAUAUCUUGGGAAAGAGUCCUAAUUUCCUCUGCAGUUUGUUCAGUCGGCUUAUUUUGUCGUACAGUGAUGCAAGCCGCUACAAAAUCCCCCUCCCUACAUCGCUCUGACAGCCACCACCUCCUGCAGCACAGAUUGCCUUCCUCCCAGUUCACAGGAACGCAUGAAGGUGACACGGCAGUGACGCCUGCCUCGGGAAAGCCUCAGCGCCCCUACCAGACGGGACUCCGCAGCCGCACGCCGUCCGGCCCCGCUGCCCGAGAGCAAAGAUGAGUGGUGAAGAGAUUCUUGUGUGUGCAGUACAACUUGGAGAAAAUUUCUGCCUCUAUUUUGCAGAUGAUGAUGGGCUGGAAUGCGAUGCCUUUUGUAAGGAAAAAAUUCUCCACAGAGUCCUUCGAAAUGUAAAUAGCCAGCUGCUUGUAGUUCGACCGGAUUUAAACAUGGCAGCUUUUGAAGAUGUGACAGAUCAGGAGAUGAAAUCUGGCAAUGGAAUGCACUUCAACAUUCACUAUUACAAAACUACCACACCUUCAGCAGGGAUGCCUGUUGCAUUCAGCGUCCAGGUAGAAGACAAAAGUUAUUAUAUGUGUUGUGAGAAAGAAUGUGGAAAAACAAUGGUUCGAUUUAGGGAAGGAGAAGUUCCCAAAGAAAUUCCUGGUGAAAGUAACGUAAUCUUUUUCAAAAAGACAUUUACAUCUUUUAGCUCCAAAGCAUUUAAGUUUGAAUACUCACUAGAACAAGGAAUGUUCUUGGCCUUUGAGGAAGAAGGCUGCUUAAGAAAAUUAAUUCUAAAGAAACUGUCAAGAGAAGAUGAAGUGGAUGAAACCAUGAAGAUAAGUUUCUAACUUCAGUCAGAAUGAGUCACAACCUGACAUACUUCAACAGUCUUAAAACAUAUAUUUUGGCUUUUUAUAAAAGAAAUCUUAUUCUUUCUUCAUCUGAGGCAAGCCAGUUUUAUGUUUUUAGCUACCAUAAGUCAGUACAAAAAUUAGCAUCUUGCAAAGGAAAAGAAAUUCAAAUUCUUGGCAAAAAGAAGCAGAAGAAUAUUUUCCAGUCAGAUAGAAGGAAAGAAUUACGCAAUGAAGAAAUAAGAACGUGCAUGUCUAUAUAGUCCUGUAUAGUCUGAUCCUUAAAAAUCUUUGCUGCCUGUUGAUCAGACAGCUUUUGAAUUAGGUGUCUCAGAGAUGAAGUAGACCUAUUUUGGGGAGGGAGAGAAAACCGCUUAAAAUAACAGAUUUCAUAAGCAGACCAUGCACCUGGCCAAUAAACACUCUGAGAUUACUCCUUUGCAUCAAGAUUAUUUCCUGAGCACCUUCAUCAAUCUCAGUUACACAGAGACAUUUUCACCUUCAACUGAAGUAGAAACAACAGACCAUUUUUAACUUACUGGAAAUCUUUGCUUAGAAAACUGCUAACUUACCUGAACAUUUAAAAGUUCUAAUAAAGUUGUUUGUCCUCAGAGGGCCCAAGAAAAAAAAAGAACUAUGCUUUUACAUAAAGGUUUUUAAAAGUUAACAGUAAAUUGUAGGUUAGUGAUGAAAUGAAACAGACACUUGUCCUUCUAACAAUUUGGAAAAAAUGUACAUAUGGCUGGCUCCCAUAAGGACCCUAUCUUAUUCUGUGUAUGUGACAACGCAGCAUACAUUGGGGUCAAGCUGUGAACUCCAUUUCACAUUUGGAGGUGAGCAAGCACUGGACUUCACCAAAACCAAAAUUAAUGUAAUGCACUCUGCAUAUUGAAUACUGAGGAAAUUGAUAUGGCAUAUAUUAUUCUUUUCUUCUACGUAUAUUGUAAGUGUUGGUCUUCCUCUUCUGUUCCAACUCCAGGCAGUGAUAACCUGAACAGUGGUUGCAGCUGGGGUCCUGGGUCUUCAACUUGCCAUGCAGAAGAGCUGGUACAAUUGUCAACCCCAUACAGGCAGAAGUAAUCAGAGAAAACAGGAAGGCCUCUAUUUGUCAUAAAAUGGAGGAAAAUCUUCAAACUUGCAGUAGAAAUAAGACACGUCUCAAGACUUGUUUUGGUAAAAACCAAACCCAAACUCUAAUUUCAGGGGCUUUAAAAAAGCAGAGACAUGAAACUGCUGUGAUAACCUUCAUGUGUCUCAGCUUUUCGUGUUAUGCUGCCCCUGCCAUUUCACCUAUCUACCUGCUACAGGAGCAAUAGAGGCAGUAAGAAACCAAUUAUUUAGAAUCCGGUACAGCCACCACUGAGUACAGUAUCGCUUAGGAAGAAUUCACUGGAGGGGCUUAAACUCAAGAAUGUAUUUAACACACCCGGAUACCUAAUAGGACUGACUCCCAGUUUGAUAUGCCUGAUCAAUGUUCAAAAAUGGGAUUAGACCAAAUGGUUACAUCUAUCACAAUAAUUAAGAACAAAAGUUAAUGGUAAUUACAGGGAACUGAUUCAAUUUCAACAGGACUGAGGAACACACGUGAUUUGUAGAGAAAGCUGUGGUCAUUACCUUUUAAUUCUUGCCCCAAAACCACAAUGAACUGGUCUCAGAGCUGCUAGCCCCUAACAUCGUAGGUCUGGACUACUGCAUUCCCAGAGCUCUUACAUAACUCAUUUCUCACACAAGGUAUCUUAAACAAAUACCACAUACAGAUGCAUCUUGUGUUUGGUCUCAAAAGAGGAAAUGUCAAACACUUUCUAUGAUACAUGCUCAGAUUGUACAGAGGUACUUACCAAUGAUUCAUACAUAUGCAUUUUCCUGACUAUGACAAAUAACGAAUGUUACAUUGGUAUCGAAAUCAGACUACAUCAUACAGAAGCAACCAUCUCAAUUCUGACCACACGAUGAGCAAAACAAAAGUGGCCAGCUACAUGGUAUUUCCCACGGUUACAUGAAUAAGUAAAUAAAUAAAUACAAAUUCCAAUCCAGAUAUAAAAAAAAAAUUAAAUUAGAAGGUGUUGUAGAAUUCAAACAGCAACUUAGGCAUUCUGUUUAUUGCAUAAUCAGACUGAUGGUAACACACAAUUCUCUUCCUCUUACUAUUGAUAGUACCACAGAAGUACCAUCAGAACGUGGAAACAGUUAACCACUCCUUACUGCUAUGAAAGUCAGAAAAGAUAAAGCAGAGAAGAAAGUUAAAAACCAGAAUCUCAUUUCCCCCCCCUAAAAUGGUGUAAAACCUAAAGACAUAGAAAAGAACGCUGCCUCAGUCUCAUGUCAAGCUAUGACAGAAAGGGUAUUUUUGUGGUCUUUUCAGUCACACAGGAAAAUGUGUACCAGUGUUUAUUUAGAAAACAAACCCAAAAAAAUGUUGUAGAUGAACAUACAGGUUCCAGGGAAACUAUGAAAGCCAUAUGCUAUGUACGGCUCCUAAAAUUAAUCUGCAAAAGUCUUUUUCUUCUAAGUCAAUUAUUGCUGUAUUUUCUAAUGGACAUUACUCUUAUAUUAAGUCAAGUCUAAGUCAGCUCUAAG